CAAAGUGGAAAUUGAGAAUCCCAAGGGCGUCUUCGCCGGGUACAAUGGCCGAUCGUCGCCGAGACGUGUCAAGGGUUCGGUGAGGUUAGCGGCCCGUUGCCCUGCUUGUCACCUGGACAAACGCGCGAAAACGGGGCAAACCUGCCCUCGGCUCGAUCAGGGACUAGCAAAGGGUGCGACAAUUCCGCGCACAAAGGCAAACUCCUCCUCGUCAAUAGCUUCACCCCAUACUACGUCGGCGGGCGGCGCGGGAGGCGGUCGCCGGGGCUUCCACAAUACCUGGUCUCGUUUACAGACCGCGGGAGGAGGAGGAGGCGGGGGUUCACUUUCCGGUCGCCGAAGCAGUAGCGGUUCGGGCAGGCACCAACAGAGGACCGCCUCGGACGCGUCCCUCGAGUUGGGCGAGGAGGCGAAACCGUCGGCCUCGCCCCCGAGGGACGCGGCUUUAAAAAAUGGCGAUGAUUUUGGCGUAACCCCAUUAACCGAGGGCGCGCGAUCGUUAAAAGACGUCCUCGACAAUAUUGAAUUUAUCGAUCAAUCCGGGUCGGAUUUAGUGGAACCCAACAGGGGUUACCAUACUGUCGACCCCGACGUCGUCACGCCCCGGGUCGCUUCUAAGGUGAAGGUGAAGGCGAAAACGACAAGUAACAAGAAAAGGAACAAAAAAUGUCGGGGCGCCAGUUUCGAGGCGGAGAAAAAGUCGCCGCCAAAGGAGUCGAUGAUCUCCACAAAGACCGUCACGGCCAAGACGGAAACCCGGAAAAUUAUAACGACGACGACGAGUUUGAACCGGUACACGUUCAUGAAAGUAAUGGACGAGGACAAAGGCAAGCCGCUGGACAAGAUCAGGACCCACAGCUGCAGCAGCAUACCGUACGACAACAUCAUCGAGAACCUCGCGCCAUUCAGGAAGCGGUUCUGCAACGUGCAGCUGUUCGACGGCGACAACGGCCCCCAGCAGAAAAACCUCAAGAAAGAUCCGAAUUGUAACGGUGACGUCAGAGCGGCGGUCGAGUCGGUCCUGGACGACAUCCUGGAGAUGGCGGUCGAGAUCAUCGUGAAGAACCAGCUGCUGCGCGGCUCGUCUGGGGACCGGGGCGACGUGGCGGCCCCGACCGCCACUUCUGCAGGCGGGGCCACCGCCGAGGAUGAUCGUUUCGAGUAUAAGUCGCGUAUUCGUUGCAAUACGGGCGACAUCUUGCCGAAUUUGUAUCCGCCGAAAAUCACCCACACCCCCUCGAGCGACACGCUUAUAGACGCGAAAAAUUUCGUGGAGGAGUACGAGGAGUAUCACGACUCGUGCAGCGAAAUGGCCGACGCGGAGAACGCCGUUAGCCAGAUCAUCGACGAACUGAGCGCCAGCGUCGACAAGACGAUCAUGGAAAAGCAGCGUCCGACGCGGCGCAAAGACAAAUCGGUGAAGCACAGGGGCGUGACCAGCCUCAUACCGAUUGAGACCGAUUCGAACGCCGAAGACGACGGCGACACCGCGCAGAUGAGCGACAUGAACGAGGCGCGGCUCCUCGAAGUCGGCGCGAUGUACAACAUCCCGAAGAACUUCUUCCAGAGCGCGGAGAUGACGGAAAUUACCGAACAAACGAUCGAUCGGCACGACGAGAACGCGGAGAAUAAUCCGGACCUUGCCGAACAGCCGGUCGUCCUUAGCCUCACCACCGAGGCGAAGGUCGAGGACGACGACGACGUCUACAGGCCGAUCGCGGUCAGCCCCGACGGAAGGUUCUUCAAGUACGAGGAGGAGAUCGGUCGGGGUUCUUUCAAGACCGUGUACCGUGGCCUCGACACGCAGACCGGCGUGGCCGUCGCGUGGUGCGAACUCCAGGAAAAGAAACUGAACAAGACGGAGCGGCAGAGGUUCCGCGAGGAGGCCGAGAUGCUGAAGAAGCUCCAGCAUCCGAAUAUCGUGCGCUUCUACAACUAUUGGGAGUUCCCCGGGACGAAGAAGAAGAAUAUCGUUCUCGUCACCGAGCUAAUGCUCAGCGGCACGCUGAAAACGUACCUGCGCCGCUUCAAAAAGAUCAACCCAAAAGUACUGAAGUCGUGGUGUCGCCAGAUACUCAAGGGGCUCGCGUUCCUACACUCGCGCGCCCCGCCCAUCAUCCACCGCGACCUCAAGUGCGACAACAUCUUCAUCACGGGUACUACGGGUUCGGUGAAAAUUGGAGACCUGGGGCUUGCCACGCUGAAGAACAGGAGCUUUGCCAAGUCGGUGAUUGGUACCCCGGAGUUCAUGGCGCCCGAAAUGUACGAGGAACACUACGACGAAGGGGUCGAUGUGUACGCGUUCGGUAUGUGCAUGCUGGAGAUGGCAACCAGCGAGUAUCCAUAUUCGGAGUGCACAGGUCCCGCUCAGAUCUACAAAAAAGUCAUAUCGGGAGUCAAACCGGCCAGUUUCGACAAGGUUCAGAAUCUCGAAAUCAAGGACGUGAUCGAGAGCUGCAUCAGACCGCGUAAAGAAGACCGCCCGAAGGUGAAGGACCUUCUGCAGCACGCGUUUUUCGAGGAAGACGUCGGCCUUAAGGUCGAGGUCGUUUCGCAGGUGAGCAAGAAGAUCGUGUUUAGGCUGAGAGUGCUCGAUCCAAAGAAGAGGACCCACAAGCACAAGGAGAACGAAGCGAUCCAGUUCGAAUUCGACAUGGAGACGGACAAGUACGACGCGAUCGCCGAGGAAAUGGCGAAGUCGGGCAUCAUAUUCGAGGAGGACGCGAAAACGGUCGCGCAAUUGCUGAAGGCGCAGAUCAUGCUAAUAAACAAGGAGCGCGAGAGGCAAAACAAGGAGCAGGAGGCACGCGCGCAGCAGUACCAGCAGUAUAUCAAUCUGCAGGUGGAACAACAGCAGCAACAGAUGAACCAACAGCAGCAGCAGCCGCAUAUGGCGCCGCCGUCUCAAACGCAACAGCAACAGUAUCCUCAACCUGGACAGUACCAGCAACAGCAGAGCAUCAUCCAGGAGCAGCAGCAGCAGCAGCCCGGUCCGUACCAGCAGCAGCAACCGGGAAUCAUCCAAUCCGACGUGCAGCACUACUCGCAGCAACAGCAGAUGGUGCCGCAGGAUAACCAGCAGCAACAGACGCAGGCGAACAUGGUGUACCAGCAACACCAGUCGGCCAAUCCGCAACAGCAGCAAGAGCAGCACCAGCCAACCCAAUUGCAGAGGCAGACGUCAGUGGAGCCGGCGCAGUCACAGCCGAUUAUACACAAGCAGCCCGCCCCCACACAAUUUGCACAGCCAAAUUAUAUACCAGAGGGCGGGGGCAUACCACAGCAAGCGGAGUUUAUACAGCAAGAUGCCAAACUGCCGCCGGAGCUAAUGCAGCAACAAUCCAUGACUAACUAUCAACCGCAGCAGCAACAGGGUCAGACGUAUCACGCGCAACCGGGUUAUCAGGAGCAAUACCAGCAGUAUCCCCAGCCGGAUCUCGCGCAGCAGCAGCAACAGCAGUUUGUACAGCAGGGGUACCCGCCGCAGCAGCAAGGUCAGCACUACCCUCAAGCCGGUUAUCCUCAGCAACAGCAGCAGCAAGCACCGCCUGGCUAUCAGCAGCAGCAGCAAAAUUAUCAGCCGUCCGGUUACCAGCAGCAACCGGUCCAGCAGCAGCAGCAGCAGCAGCAACCUCCGCAAUCGCAACACUACGUGUCGAGCCAGCAGCAGGCCUAUUCCCAGCAACCGCAGUACAUGACUCCCCCUAUAGAGCAGCAGCAGCAGCAGCACCCUCCGCAGUUUGUCCAGCCGCAGCAGAGCGUUGAUCAGACCGUCUAUCAGCACCAGUAUAUCGCUCAGCAGGCCGGCGGGGGUCCUUACAUCGAUCACCAGCCACAGCAGAUGGUACAGCAGCAGCAGGCCUCCAAUCAGCAGCAGCAGCAGAUUCCGAUUCAGCAACCUCAACCAGUUCAGCAGAUUUCAAUUCAGCAACAACCACAGCCAAUUCAGCAAUCUCAGGCGGUUCAGCAACAGCAAAUGUCAAUUCAGCAACAGCAAAUUCCGGUUCAACAGCAGCAGUCGGUUCAGCAACCACAGCCUACUGCAGUUCAGCAACAACAGAUUCCAAUUCAGAAGCAACCACAGCCUAUCCAGCAGCAACAAACUCAGCCUGUGCAGCACCAGCAGAUUCCGAACCAUCAGCAGCAACAACAGCCCCAGACGGUGCAGCAACCAUCCCCUGCCGAUAACCAAGACGUCGCCGGUGGCGGCACCGUGCACCGCCUGUCGAACUCGGACAUCCCGCCCAUGAACCUUGAACAGCUGCAACAGAAGCUGGCGGCACAGAACGCGAAAGAGCAGCACCGGGUGUCGACGGCGUCACUGCCGCCGCUGCCGUUUGAAAGCGGCGCCACGACGCAGCAGGACCAGCGUCGCGCGUCGACAGUCUCGCAGCCGGCGGGCGGCGUGGCGGAGUACGCGCAGUUGCAGCACCAGGUCAUCCGGGAGGGUAGACCUGUCGAUGAAGACGUCCAAACGGAGGACCCCGACCUGUCGGUUUCCGAGCAGGACGCGUCUUCGUCGACGGGCGCGGACCCGGAACCCGCGAAACCACGACGCUCGUCGUCGAAACGUUCUUCGCUACGGCACCGGCUCGUCGUCGACGCCGUCCACGGCGACGGUACCGUCGAAUGCCGCCUCAUAAGCAAGCAGCGCACAGUCAGUUUCAAAUUUAACCGCCUGGACACGACACCGACGGACAUCAUCGACGGCAUGGCGCGCCAGGAUCUCCUCGAGGCGGGGCCGCACGAGAAACUGCGCGCGCACUUGGAGCGCGUCAUCGAGGAGCUCAGGUUACGACCCGACCGCAUACCGGACGGCGCGGCCACGGCGACGGCGUCGAAGGACAGUCAAAAGGUCAGGCAUGCCUCGCUGACCAGGCACCCCCACAAAAAGACACAUAGAAGGCACCGAUCGCGCGACGAGUCGAGCACGACCGUGCCCAAGGUGAAGUCCCCGGACCGCGACGAACUGCGCGCCAUGAUCAAAACCACCCUCGCCGAGAACGUCUACCAAAACUUGACUUGUCGCGAGAGUUUGAACUCGAGCGGAACCGUGUCUCGCAAAACCAGCACCGCCUCCGAGUAUACCCCCGAACACACUUGUUACGUGCGGCCGUCACCGCAGUUGGAUCAGACGAGCGUCAUCUACGUGAACGACAGCUGCACUAUGGCCCCGUCGGAGACGCCCACGUCCGCACCGACGCACCCCAAGCCCGACGGUGACGGCCUCGACGGCGGCGCUUCUGACGCGCUCAAAACCGAACUGGAAAACAGUCUGCGACAGAAGGAGGUCGCGAAACUGGUGCCCGGCCAGAAGGUCAAUCUCAAAGUGUUCGUCAUGGCGGUCGACCGCGACGCCGAGGGGCCGUCGGCGACCGACACGAAACCGCCUCUACCCGGAACGGCGGACGCGGCGGAAACCGACAAGGCCGGCAAAACGGAAGGGGGCGCCGCCGCCCGAUCUCCCCAAAGAAAGAUCUCCAGGUUCCUCGUCAGUCCCGUGCUGUCGGGUCAGCUCGACUUGCCCAAGGAUAAGGAUUUCGGUGACGGCGAGGUGCCCGAGGCGGCGGUCUCGGCGGUGACGAGGAAGACGUCCGCGCCGCUCGAGCGUACCGGUUUGGAGGCGGAGAAGCCGGCCGAGCAGAAACUGAGCGUCAGCUCGAUGAAGGAGGAGUCUACGAUCAACCGCGAGGAGGUGGGGCAGGUGUGCGGUCCCGAGCUGAUCAACACUCUGGAACAGCUAAAGAUCAGUCUGGACAAUUUGAAGCAUAGCAGCCACCCGAAAAAGGAGGGCGAGGGAGGAGGCGAGGUCAAAAAGACCGAAACCGGUACCAAGCCCGCCGCUCCCGUGCCGUUCGUGGCCGCUCCCCAACAGCAGCAGCCGGCCGCCCCCGCGUUCGUCCAACCGCCGACGGCGUACGCGGCGCCGCCGCCGGUGCCCUACGUGGGCGUCGUGCAGCAGCCGCCCAUAGUCGCGCCCCAGCCGGUACAAUUUGCGCAGCCCCCGCCCGCUCGGCAACAGACUUUCGUGCCCGUGGGCGGGACGCAGUACCCGAGCCAGCCCGCAAUAGUAGCCGCACAAAACGUCACGUACCCGCCCCCGAGCGCCGCCCCUUACCAGCAGCAGCAAGUCGCCGCGCAGAUACCUGCGCAACCGCAGCUUAUCGCGCAGCAGGGCACCGCGCAGAUAUUCCCUCAAUCCCAAGCGAUGACCGGUUCGGUAUCGGUUCAGAAUUUGAACAAUGGUCAGCAACAGCCGGCUCAGCCGCCACUCCAAAACGGUCCCGGCUUCCAGCAGUCCGCGUCGGUCGAGGAAAACCUGCAGGGGUACGCGAACGCGGCGAAGAAAAUGCUGCCGGAGGGCGUAAAGCUCGCGAUGGAGGGGACCGGGUCGUCGAGCAGGGGCAGUCAGGUGUCGACUCCGCAGGCCGAGGUCUACGAUAUCCAAAGUCUGCAACAGAAGUUGUCGAGUAUCGCUGCGGCGCCGCAGAGUCCGCACGCCGGACUCGUCGUCGCCCCCCUCGAGUUUCCCCAGGAGGCGGCGGCGGUGUCCAACAAGCAGCCCUCUGCCGAAGCGCUCUCGCCCGAGCCCGAGAAAUCGGCCGACGCGUCGAAGCUCAGACAGUUCGAGGACUUGAACGAUCAACUGCGCAAGAUUAACAACGCGCAGCAGCAGCAGCAGACGAUCAAGGACGAACCGCCGCCAGCCGAGAUCAAGAUGGCGGAGGCAGCGCUCGACGAGGCCAAGCGCGACCUCAAGCUCGAGCUGGAACGGCUUAACGAGACGGGCGCGACCGGUGCCCAGGCGCUAUGCGAAGCCGCGCCCGACGUCACCGGCGUUGCCGCGUCCGCCCCCACCAAGGAGCGUCGCGUGUCCCGCUUCAAGGUCAGCGUCGUCACCGAGCCGGACCGCAGCCAGCUGCAGCAGAACAAAACGGACGCCCCCAAAGUCGAAAGGGAUAACGGUAUUAACGGCGCCGACGCGUCGAAGGGCGUGGCACGACAAGGUAGGAGGGACACGCAGGCCGAUUUUACCACCGUCAUCAAUACGACGUUCGAUUCGUUGAAGACGACGCUGGUGCGGUCUCUACCGGAUACAGGAGCGGAGGCGUUGCCGGUCGAAGAAGUCUCCCAAGUCAGGCGGCCCGAACAGAGCUCGCAGGCGUCGGCGCCGACGCCGGUCGACGCCGGCGCGCGUCCUCUCCGCAAAUCCCUCUCGUACGUCGACCUGAAACGCGAGAUCGAAACGAUAAUGCCGAUACGUAAGGGGGCGGAGCUAUCGCCGCCGCCGCCGCCGCCGCCGGGUCAUAACCCUAGGCGGCGCGCGCCGCCCGCCGGCCGGCGUCAAUCCAAAACGUUUAGGCAGUUCCCACAGAUCGUAGUACAUCCGCCACCGGACGGGGGCGAAGCCCUGACGGCUAGCAUGCCCGACGUGAGGGUGAUCGACGCCGCCAAGCCCCGUCCCGUGCUAAACAACGUGUCGGUGAUGAACGCGUCGUGUCCUGAUCUGACGACGGCCCUCGGUUUGUCCGAAACGUCACGUAAAUUGGUUGUCCAGACGUCGACGCCGUCGCGACGUCGCACUCGGCUGCGUAAGCGCGACGAGACGCCAGGCGCUGUUCUCCGGCGCCACCUCAAAAUGAAACACUCGCGCUCGAUGCAAAAUCUCAUGACGACCAAAGGAGGCGGGGCGUCGUCUUCCGACGGUGACCAUACCUACUUCACGGUACACGCGGGCACCGAAAUCGGGGGGUCACGCGGUCGCGAGUGGGGGUGGGAGUGGGGCAACGGGGCGCGGCGGCGGGCGGUCACGAUUGAGGAAUACCUGGAGACGUAUUACGCGCCCGAAACGGAGGAGACGUUCGAGGAGAUGCUAAACCGGCAAAAGGCGGAACUGAACGCGCUGAUGGAAGCGCAUCGUAAGCAGCAGCUCGAGUACAUGGAACGACAUCGUCGAAAAAUCGAGGAGGGGUCGUGGGGCGGCGGGGCGGCCGGAGGUCGACACGCCGCCGACUAGGGCGCGGGCGCGCAGAAAAGAAAUUCUUUCGCGGAAAGCGAAAUAAUUUUUUUUAGGAAGAAAUCAUUGUGAGAACGAAGGCUGUAUACCGUAUGUAAUUGUUUUAUAGUGUUUAUCGAUCCAAAACGAAGAUAAGUCUAGUUAUUAUCAUUAGUUUGCAUUCGCCGAUAAUUUAUUUUUAAUAGUCUCCAAUCCCCCCCGCCCCUCUUUCAGGGAUUGUUGGUGGUGGGUGGGGAUUGCGGACCGCGCGAGGCGGGCGGCCGUGUGAAAUGUGUUCGGGAGGUGCGUCGCGCGGACAUUUUGUUUAAAAAUAAACCACUUGUUGCAACAAAAUAUGUUUUUUUUAUU